AUGUUCAGCAAACUUGUUGCCUUUGGCGCCCUUUUGGCCGCUGCCAACGCUGGUCUCCUUGGCCACGGACACGCUGUGUCCUCUCAAAGCGUCGUGCGUCAUGAUGAGGGCCACGUUGCUCCUCUGCACUACGCGGCUGCACCCGUAGCCCACUACGCCGCCCCUAUUGCCCACUACGCGGCCCCCGUUGCACACUACGCCGCCCCAAUUGCGCACUACGCCGCUCCCGCUGCUCAUUAUGACGGCCAUGACACAUACGCGCACCCCAAAUACGACUUCGCCUACUCCGUGGCCGACCCUCACACCGGUGACCACAAGUCCCAACACGAGAGCCGCGAUGGCGACGCUGUGCAUGGCAGCUACUCGCUGGUACAGCCCGAUGGUUCCGUGCGCAACGUUGAGUACACCGCUGAUGACCACCAUGGUUUUAACGCUGUCGUCCACAACUCAGCCCCUUCCGUACACCCCGCCUCCGCUCCCGCUCACGGCUACCAUCAUUACUGA